AUGGAGUCGUCAAAGCGGUCAUUUUGUAUUGCCAGCUCACAGUACUUAUCGGUCUGGGUGGCUGUGAACGUUGUACUGACAGUGAUAGCGCCACCAACCACAGGAAACUCGUGCGAUGAGAAUAAAGUCGAGUUUAGAUCGUCGUGUUUGGAAUUCGUCACUCAUGAGAAGCGUUUUGGCGAUGCAGAGUUAUAUUGCGCCGAUCUGGGUGGCCAUCUUAUAUUCGUCACCGACCAAGAGACACAGGAGUUUGUUGUUAACGCUGCGACAAAUGUGCAAGCUGAAUUUGAUGAGUGGUGGAUUGGCCUAACGGACAGGGAAACGGAAGGUGUAUUUCGUUGGUUGGAUGGUUCAGAACUGGUGUAUGAAUAUUUCCAAGAUAAUGAACCAAAUAGUCGUGGAGCUCAAAAUAAGGACUGUGUCCUUGUACAGAAACAUGAUGAAUAUAAGUGGAAUGACCUUUCCUGUAAUACAAAGUCCAGGUUUAUAUGCCAGUAUGCGAACUCAGUUAGAAAUAUGAAUUGCCAGGACUGUGGACAAUCGUGUACAAAACUUUGUAACGGCGAUACUCAGCUCUGCAAGCGUUGCAAAAAUGUUCGUUUUCCACCACCACUGCCACCCAACCAAUCCAAGAUGGCUGACAGUAAGAAUGAGGCGGGUGAUUCAAAACUUGAUGAGAUACAGGCAACACUACUUACACUAACGGCAAAGAUGGAUAAACUGAACAGAGUGGAAGACAAGCUAGAAGACAUGCGUAAAUGUGUUGAAUAUGUGAGUAACUUUUUUGAUGGUUUGAACGAACAAUUAUGUGAUAUGAGAAGAGAGAACGAUGACCUAAGAGAACAGCUUGCCAAAUCAAACAACGAAACUAACGAACUCCAACAAUACACCCGCAGAAAUAAUCUAGAAAUAGCUGGAAUAAUUGAAGAAGAAAACGAAAACACAGAUGACAUCGUUGUGAAAGUGGCUGCGGCUGCAGGUGUUACUAUAUCACCUAACGAUAUUGACAUAUCCCAUCGCUUACCCCGUCGAUCCAAUAGCCGUAAUCACCAGCCGACAUCCAUUAUUGUCAAAUUUGUAAGACGGACCAUCCGCAAUGAGUUAUAUAAGUCAAAAAAACAUCUGAAGAACAGAUCUGCCUGCAAUAUUGAAUUUGCAAGCAACAACCGAAUCUACAUCAAUGAAAAUUUAACACCAACAAAUAAACAGAUUUUCUUUGAGGCAAACCAACGCCGAAACGAAAAAAGAUGGAAAUUCAUUUGGACCACCAACGGCAAGAUCUACACAAGGAAAGAAGCCGGACACCCAGCCAUACGCAUAGCUAAACUUGGUGAUAUUGACACUGAAGAAACACCAUGUAUGAUUAGUGACAUUCCAGUCGUUGGAUACCCCCCAGGCACGGCAGAAAUUUAUGUAUCUUUUGAUCAGUAUAAUGACGAGCUGUAUUAUCGUGUAGAUUUUGGUGACGAGCAAGUCACUGACCUGCUAUCCGAACAAGAAUCUAUAACACACGACUAUCAACCUGGUAGUUACACUAUAUCGGUACUUGUAUCUUACGAUGGUCAAUUAUAUAACGAGUUAUGUCAACAAGAUGUUAGUGUUGAAGAACUUACAGUCACCAACUCUGAGGGUGAAGUGGUUUCAGAUGCUACAGUGGGAGACACAUUGACUUUUACAGCACCUGUCCAGUCUUCUCUAGGGACAUCUUUUCGAUGGCAAAUAUUUUUUAUGGGGGAAUUAAAAAACGACACAGAAGGAUCAAAUACUUUUAAGUAUACAAUUGAUGAUGUCGGUGUCUACUUGAUCAGUGUUGGUGUGUUUUCAACUUGGGAUGAGACUUUUACUGACACUAUUUUGCUGACAUCUUAUGAAGCUGUUGGGUCAUUAUAUUUGAUAAACAAUGGACCAGUGGUUGUUGGGGAACAAGUCAUUUUGAUUCUGUUUACUACUGAUGUUGGUACUAUGGCAACGUAUUUGCUGCAUAUUGGGAAUGAUACUUACGAGUUAUCGCUGCCAGAAAUCACCGAGGGAUUACCCGAGGAUGUUCUGUCAGCUAAUAAUCUACCGUUUGACCCACUGGAGACGUAUGCUGUGAUGUACGAGUAUACGUCUGACAGUAUUGGACACAUUUCUGUCGUGGCUCAUGCGUCUAACCCAGUGUCAGAUGUCACGACCACAAGUAAUGUCUUCGUGGUUAGCCAGUCUUGUGAUCUACCGACUGUUCAGAUACAAGACAUUACGAACACCACGCAGCUGACAACAUACAAAAGAGGUGUUGGAUUCACAUUGAAUACAGACGUUGUGAUCAACUGCGAUGGCCCCAACCAAGCUAUCUUCGAAUGGACUCUACAUCAAGUUGACAGCGAGGGCACUACACCAGAUGCUUCAAACCUAUACAGGAUACCAGAAACCAUUGAUAGCACGCAAACUACACUGGUUAUUCCAGCCUCCAUGCUGGACUAUGGCAUAUAUGUAUUCAAAUUAACUGUGUCUAUCGUGGACGUCAAUACUAUGGAAAUUGUGGUGUAUAAUAGUGACCAAACUUACAUUGAGAUUAUCCAGUCUGCAUUGGUUGCUAGAAUAAGCGGUGGUUCAGCUAAGGUCUAUGGCUGGGAAUCGUCACUCUUGCUCGAUGGCAGCGAAUCAUACGAUCCCGACUACACAACCGAUCUGGAUGCAUUGCAAUAUAGUUGGUAUUGUAGAAAAGCAGACGAAAUAUUUCCAGAAGACAUCUCAUCUGUUUCUGAAGGUGGUUGCUUUGGCAACGGAUUUUAUCUGUCUGAUUAUACAAGCGCAUCAUUCACAUUGAGUGCACAGACGUUAGAAGUUUCUGAAGAAUAUGUGUUUUAUUUAGAAUUCAAAAAAUUAAACCGAAUUGGUGGAACAGCUCAACAGCUGAUUAGUAUUGUCGCUGGUAAUCCCCCCAGCAUGACAAUCAGAUGUUUGCAGAAUUGUGAUGAGAAAAUGAACCCAUCAAAACGACUGGUGUUAUCUGCUCAUUGUUCCGACUGUACCACGUUAUCAAAGAUUACUUACAAAUGGGAAUUGUUAUAUGAAGACGGUACUUUGACGAACAUCGAUCUAGAUGCAAUGACGAGCACUGGUAUAUUUGGAAAGAAUCUAGCCAUCAAUGUAGAUGUUUUCACUAACACUGAUGAAAGCUACAAACUAAAACUUAGUGGCACAGUUAUUGGAAGAGAAGAAGGAUUUUCUGAGUAUGCCGUUAUCGUGAAUUCACCGCCGUCACCCGGUACAUGCACAGUAUCACCGAUAUCUGGUUAUCUUCUCGAAACUAUCUUUACCCUCAAUUGUCAAGGUUUCAGUGAUGAUGACCUCCCACUCAUGUACGAGUUUUCUGUUAUUACUGGAGGAGAGAAAAGAGCAACUAUCAAUUCUUUGGAUCAUAAAGCAGGUUCUUUGCUGUACUAUGGAAACGAUCCAUAUCGACCAUCGAUUUAUUUACCAUUGGGCCUGGCUCAGAACAAUUAUACUAUUGAUAUUGUAGUCAGAGUCUCUGACGUAUAUGGAGCUACUGUACAAGUUACUACACAUGCAAGGGUUAUGGAACCUGAAACAGAUUCAGACGCUGUCGGUGAAAAAGUUGUGGAUCUCACAAUGGCGGAAGACUCUGCGCUUGAGUCGAUGAUGAAGGCAGGAGAUAUGCAAAGAGCCACACAGCUGAUUGGUACGGUCAGUUCGUGGUUGAAUGCACAGUCAACAAACAAUACAAAACAGAAGGAAGAGGAUAAGAGACAGAAUACUGAGGUACGCACAGUGUUGGUGAAAACACUAUCCCUCAUGCCAGUGGAAUCUUUAGAAAUGUUGCAGCAGACAUCAGAUGCUAUCAACAUGGCUACACAAGAAAAAGAUGAAGUGUCAGAAGAUGCACAGGCACAAGCUGCUUCAGCAUAUGACAAGAUGGGUAGUUUUCUGAAGUCAGUGUCAUCUAGUACUGGGGGAGAAGUUGUUGAAACGGUAGCACGGACUAUCAUGUCCGGUUUAUCUAACAUCAUAGGUGCAUCGUUGGUUUCAUCAGAAAUACAAGACGACAUAAAUAAUGCCACAGACGAUGACAACAAGGAAACAAACAGCCAGUCACUAAAUGCAGGAAGACGAAAUGUGACGCUUUCUUUGCUCACAACCUUAGAAAACAUCCAGUCUGCCAUUCUAGUGAAUAAAGUCUCUGGUGAAAAACCUACAGUAUUGAAAACAGAUUUACUAGCAGUAACCCUCAACAGACAGGAAGUAGAAAGUUUGAAUAAUGCUGUGUUUCAAGAUGAAGACACUGAUGGUGGAUUCAUAUUACCUGAUUACAGCGCUUUGUCAAAAUCCUUACCUGAAAACUACUCGGAUGCAAUAGAUACACAGUUACUUCAUAUGCUGAAUAAUCCCUUUACGUGGGAUCCGUCCAGUAAAAAUGUUCAGAAAGGAAUAAUGGGCCUGCAGUUGAAAACCUCCAGUGAUCAAACAAUUCAAGUUACUGACUUGACUGCAGAUAUUGAGUUUUUUCUGCCACAGACAACAAGACAGAUUCCAAGUCAGUCAUUUACAAUGGAUGUUUCCAAUGACACCAGAGCUGUGUUGGAUUUCAAUAUCACAAGUUUAUUUGAAUCUGCAGUGAUAGGGGUUAAAAGUAACACACCCGGCAUUACGUUCCGCCUCCAUCUCAGCUUUAAUAUUCCUGCUUCUUUGGGAGAAAGUGACAGUAAUACAUCGCUACCUCGUAUUAUUCAGCAGGAUGACACAGAGUUUAAUGCAUUACCAGAUGAAAAUACCUGGUUUUUAUCGUCUAGUGAUCUGAGUGGACUAGGAACCUAUUAUGUCACUAUUGUGCCGCAAGGUGCUGCCUUAGAAGAAAAUGUUACUUUUGACGUCUAUACGUACACCACUGAGUGCCAAUACUGGGACGAAGAUGUUUAUAAAUGGCUGGCACAUGGCUGUAGGGCCGGACGGCUGACGACGCCUUCUUUGACACACUGUCUUUGUAAUCAUCUAACUGUGUUUGGUAGUUCGUUAUUUGUGAUGCCCAACACCGUCGAUUUUAUUAAGGAUGCAGCACUAUUUUUAACGUUUGUUGAUAAUCCCGUUGUAGUUUCUACUGUAGCUACUAUAUUUGUCAUUUAUCUCUUUAUUGCGGUAUGGGCAUAUCGGAAAGAUAGACAUGAUGCAGCACAGGCUGGUGUGACGGUACUUGAAGACAACGACCCAUAUGCCCUGUAUCGGUAUGACAUCACAGUACAUACAGGAUUCCGACGUGGUGCAGGCACAACUGCUAAUGUCACAGUGACUCUGUACGGUGAGAAUCAGGAGAGUGAACCUCAUGUCUUAGCCGAUAAAAACAAGAAAAUUUUACAGCGAGGCACGACAGACUCAUUUCUAAUGACUACAAACGAGAGUUUGGGUAGCCUCAAAUCCAUUAGGUUGUGGCACGACAACGUUGGUAGUGAUCCUGAAUGGUUUGUUGGUCACAUUAUGGUCCAUGACCUAGAAACAGACGAACGUUGGUAUUUUUUGUGUAACACAUGGUUGGCUGUAGACAUUGAUGACGGAUUAGUUGAUAAGUUCUUUAACACGGCUACAGAUCACGACUUGAAACAGUUCAAUCAUCUUUUUGUUGCUAAGACCGCUAAAGAUCUCCGCGAUCGUCACCUGUGGUUUUCCAUAAUAGGAUGUCCAGCGCAUAGUCACUUUACUCGUCUUCAACGUUUAUCUUGCUGUUUGUCCAUGCUCCUUUGCACUAUGUUGGCAAAUAUCAUGUUUUAUGGUAUACCAGAAGAUCCAAAUAGUCAGAAGAUGGACUUCGGUGUCUUUGCAUUCUCAUGGCAACAACUGAUCAUAGGUGUCCAAAGUGGUAUUAUUGUUCUUCCGAUAAAUAUUAUCAUCGUACAGACUUUCCGAUAUGCUAGACGUAAACCAAAGAAACAAUCUUCCCAUUCUACAGACACACAAGUACCAGAGCAUCUGGACGUGGAAGACGUCAGUAUAGACAUGUUAUCCGACGAGGAAGUUUCAAUUCUCAUGUCAGACGACUUUGAAUUCUCAUCUUCAAGCUCAUUGGAGGUUGCUUCUAAAAAGGAGUCAAAUGAGACCUUUGCAUCGUAUCACAGUUCAGCUAGCAUGACAGAGCUAAACGUUGGCUACAAGGAGUAUAUAAUUUUAAAAUUCCAACAGCUUAAUGAAGAACUUAUAGAGAAACGAGAUUCUGGAAAGUUUGAAUCCGAGGAGGAAUACGAAAAAGCCAAGAAAAAUUUGUGGACUAUGCGAAAUAUGAUUGCCAUAUGGAAUUCCCGACACAGAGUACUCAUUCUGAGGUUCUCGAAGGCAUUAAAAAUAAAACAAGAGAAUGCAGUUGUUCUUUUUGGUUACCGUGGUGGUUUGUCUAUGUUGGUACUAUUCGUGGCAGUAUUUGUUGCUUUGUUUUUGAAAUCAAUGGAUGUUGAUGAUGAUGGGAGUGAGGAAGUAGAUGAAAUUCCAGUUAAUGUUGGUAAGUGUACCUGGUCAGUUAAUGUUGGUAAGUGUACCUUGCCAGUUAAUGUUGGUGAGUGUACCUGGUCAGUUAAUGUUGAUGACUGGAAUAAACUACAUCAUAGACAUGAAGAAAUUGAAAAACUUCGUUCUGAAAAUGAAAAAUACUUUCCACCAACUCAAGAAUUAGUACACCAGAGUAAAGAAGCCAAGAUUCGAGUCAAGAAGAUGUACGCUUUGAUGCGUGAAAUUUUUGGAUAUAUCUUCUUUAUUUGGUUGCUAUUAAUAAUUGCACAUGCACAGCGAGAUAAAAGUGCUUAUUUCAUGACAAAGUCUGUGAAAGAUAUAUUUUUUAACAAUAAAAAUUAUGAAUGGGGUAAAUCUAACAUUGUUACUAAGCAACAGGGUAAAUCUAACAAUGUUACUAAGCAAUGGGGUAAAUCUAACAAUGUUACUAAGCAACAGGGUAAAUCUAACAAUGUUAUUAAGCAACAAGGUAAAUCUAACAAUGUUACUAAGCAACAGGGUAAAUCUAACAAUGUUACUAAGCAACAGGGUAAAUCUAACAAUGUUACUAAGCAACAGGGUAAAUCUAACAAUGUUACUAAGCAACGUGGUAAAUCUAACAAUGCUACUAAGCAACAUGGUAAAUCUAACAAUGUUACUAAGCAACGGGGUAAAUCUAACAAUGUUACUAAGCAACAAGGUAAAUCUAACAAUGUUACUAAGCAACAUGGUAAAUCUAACAAUGCUAACAAUGCCACUAAGCAACAAGGUAAAUCUAACAGUAUUCUUAAGCAACAGGGUCAAUCUAACAAUGUUACUAAACAACAGGGUAAAUCUAACAGUAUUCUUCAGCAACAGGGUCAAUCUAACAAUGUUACUAAGCAACUGGGUAAAUCUAACAAUGUUACUAAGCAACGUGGUAAAUCUAACAAUGCUACUAAGCAACAUGGUAAAUCUAACAUUGUUACUAAGCAACAGGGUCAAUCUAACAAUCUUCAUGAUUAUUCCACCUUCUUCAAUUGGACGUCUGACAGGUUGAUGCCUGGUCUUUAUGGUGACUACCCAGGGUUCAUUUCAGAUGAUGUCACAAGACUAGUUGGCGGUGCAAGGAUACGUCAAAUACGAAGCAAGCCAGAUUCCUGCUCAACACCUUUAGAAAUGAGAUUAGCUAUACCACAAUGCAAUAGUAGUUAUCUAGUUGACUCUGAAGAUACAACAUCCUAUUCUGAGUCAUGGCAACUGUUGCUUGGCAACCAAACUAUUAAUGCAACAUCAACAGAUCCUUGGGAGUUUCAAGAGUCCGUCAGUAACCCAUACUGGGGCCAGGCAGCCACAUACAGUGGUGAUGGUUAUGUGUGCGUCUUAGAUGGAAACGAAACUGUUGCAUUGGAUACAAUCCAAUAUGUAGAAGAUGCCUUGUGGCUUGAUUCACAUACCAGAGCGUUAUUUGUGGAAUUUACUCUGUACAAUGCAAAUAGCAAUUUGUUUAGCAUUAUCACGCUUCUCAUUGAAAGACCUGAUAUAGGAGGACUUCUGAAAAGCUAUGAAGUAUUAACAGUUAGCUUGUUCAGAUAUGCCGCUGAUUUUCAGCUUUUUGUUAUGUCUUGUGAAAUCGCCUAUAUCGGCGCCAUUUUAUUCUUUAGCGUUAUACAAAUUAUAAGGAUGGUUCAACUCCGAAAAAAAUACUUUAUGUGUGCUUGGAACUGGCUGGAACUCACCAUCAUCAUUGUUUCCAUAGUAACCAUUGGCAUCUACAUUCAAAGGGAGUUGGUGACAAACGAAACACUAAAAAAACAUCAAGAAACCCCCAACAGCUUUGUGAGUUUUCACGAAUGUGCCUUAUUGGUACAGACAUUCGAAUCCAUUAUUGCGUUAUUGGUGGUUCUGGGAACAGUCAAGUUUCUUCACCUGCUGAGAAUAAACCCUAAAGUCUACCUUCUAACAGCUGUUCUAGCGUCAUCUGGUCGAGAAAUGGCCAUUUUCACAUUAAUGCUGAUGGUUAUCUUCACUGGCUUCGCAUGCAUGGCGUAUAUUGUUGUUGGUCCGGUAGUAGCGACAUUUAGAAACAUUGCCGUUACGUACGAGACCAUUUUCAGCAUCAUGCUCGGGUACGUGGAUAAUGAGUUACGCCGAGUCAGCCCCUGGUUUGCGGCUUUUCUCAGCAUAUCGUUUGUAACUAUUGCAGUGUUUUUUGUUCUUAAUAUAUUUAUUUCUUUGCUCAUAACCACGCUGAAGCGAGUCCGACGAACUCACAAGCCAUCAAAGGACGAGGUGAUAGUAGAAAUGAUGAUUUCUAAAAUUAUGUCUAUAUGUAUGAAACCCAAGAGGGGAAAAAACUGA